GAGAGACUAUGAGGGCUCGAGAAAGGGAAGGAGCAGCAAAUGGGUGGAGAAAAGAGAAGCAUAGCUGGGGGAAGAGUAAACGACAGAAGAUAUUUCUUUCUCAUCGCGUUCUGAAUGAUCUGUCUAUCCGCUCUGGUCUACUACACAACUUUAGGCAUGAGUUAGAAUGACACCUUUUCCAGACCUCUGGAUUACACAUGGAUAACAGUUAGGAGCUGUACAUCUAUCUGAAUUCAUAGGAUCCUAACACGUGUCAUGAAGUGAUAAAUAACUCCAUGGACAUGGACAGGGUGAAUCAAAAUGUUCCAGAACACGGCCGCCAGACUCAUCAGGUCCUACAGAGUACAGCACUGGACCUGAUUGAAACAGGCAAGACCCUCAAAGUCCAAGCAGAACGCCCCCAUCUUGUCAGCCUGGGAAGUGGCCGUCUGAGUACAGCAAUAACUCUCCUGCCUUUGCUAGAGGGGAAGACUACGCUUGGUCAUGGGAAAACAGACAUUAAUAUUCAGGGUCCAUGUGUUGCUGCACAGCACUGCUACAUUGAAAAUGUGGGCGGAAUCAUCACCCUGUACCCCUGUGGAAAUCAGUGCUCAAUCGAUGGCCUGCCUGUUAACAAACCUGUUAGACUCACACAAGGGUGUAUGCUGUGUUUUGGUCAGUCAUCCUUUUUCCGCUUUAACCACCCAGAGGAGGCCCUCAGGAUGAAGAGUUUGAUGCCAGGUGGAAGCCAUAGGCUUACCAGUGCAUACAGGAACCACUCGGAAACUCAUGGGAAGCUCAAUGGAAACCCCCUACCAGUGCACGAGAAAACUCGUGCUGGACACGGCACUCUCGUUCACUCGAUCGAAAAAGACUUUCAGAAUAUCAUGAGCUCUCUGUCUAUGGAUGAAACUCAAACUUCUUCCUACGAGCACCGUAAACACACUCACCACCCCAUUCCGCAAUCUGCCAUGCUCAACGGGGGUGGCCACACUCUUGUCUCCUCUCCAACCAGUCCUAGUGCUAUGUCCGUGAACUCCUGCUUUGAAAAUACCAGUCUUCCUUUCUCUCCCGUUUCCACCACGUCUGUGGUUAGCAGUCCAGGGACUUGUUUGGACUUAACUUACACUCGUUCCACCCACACUACUCAGGCCCCGGUGCCUCAGCCACGCACUUUUGGAUCCAAGACCAGCAGCUCCAACGGUGGACUGAAGGAUCAGGGAAAAACUUUGACUGAAACCUCAUCGAGCCCAACGACCACUCGUAAAUGCCUGAAUCAGGACGCUGGAGAUUUAAACAGACAGUUGAUCGCUAGAGUUACCCCGAAAUCUGGUACGACUUCUUCCUCACCUGCGUCUUCCAGCCCUAGAUCUAGUGUCGGCUCUUCUAUCCAAGAAAUGACUUCCAGUCUUCAGUCCAACUCACGUGCACUCCAUCCUUCAGAAAGCCCCCAGUCUGCUCGCCGUGGAGCAGAAUCAUCCAGCAUGCGUGAUCUUCCUCCUCUCAGCCCCUCCUCUUCACGCAGAGGUGUUCUCGGAGUGCCUGUUCUACCUGGAGCUCUUCUUGGUAUUUCUCUGACCUCCCGUAGCCAAUCGGGUCGAAGCGUAGAGGAGAGUCCCCGACUACAACGGCGAAUAACAACGGAGGAUGAGGUAGGAAAUACCAAACUGCGAGCCAGAAGCCCAUCUCCUGUAUCAGCUCUUUUGAAGGACCAGUCAGGUGGACCUGAAGGCAGGCAAAGGGGGCAUCUCACACCUGCUUUGAGCUCCCAGACCGGGGUGUCACCUCUCACCAGUCCCCGAAACCAGAGGAAGAACCCCGGGGAGCAACGGCAGGCCCAGCCACGCACACGAGAACGCAAGAAUAGCAUUUCAGAGGUCAGCGACAAAGAGGAAGACUUGUUGGAGUACCAUCGCUGGCAAAGGGAGGAGCGGAUGCGUGAGCAGGAGAUGGAAAGGCUGGAGAGGCAGAGGCUUGAGACCAUCCUGAAUUUGUGUGCCGAGUAUAAUAAAAGUGACUCUCCUGUUUGUGUGGACACGGGAAGGGCUGGUUUUUUCCCGGGGAUGGAGGUGAUGUCUGACCCUGUGAGUGUGGCAGCCCACAGCUCUCACAGACAGAGAGAGAGAGAGGAGGAGAACUUGAAAGAGGAGUGUAGCAGCACUGAAAGCCAGCACCAGGAGCAUGAAGAUUCUUCAGUUCUGGGGCAACAGGAGCGAGUCUAUCUGGAGGAGGAGCGGCUCAGGGUUCUGGCUCGAGUGGACGAGUUGAAGACACGUGUCACUGACCUAGAACAACAGAUUCAGGAGUCCAGACAAGAGGCAGAGAUGGAGAGAGCCUUACUGCAGGGAGAGAGGAGGGCGGAGCUUGAUCAAGUGGAGGCUGAGUUAGAGAUCAUCAAUCAACUUCAGCUCAAACUGAAUGAAGUGGAAAAUGAAACGCAGAGGGAGAAGGAGAAGGAGAGAGCAAAAGUCUCAGCUGAGCGGGAUGUCCUGGCCAGGCUGAGGGAAUCCUACAGUGAACUGAAGGGCCAGCUUCAUAAAUGCCCCGAAUUACUGAGGGAACACUUACAGGAACAAGUGACCAGGAAGGCAGAGGCGCUGGAGUCGGCCACUAAGCGCUUUGAGGAUUUGGAGUUCCGCCAGUUGGAGAGAGAAAGCGGCAUUGAAGAAGAGAAGGAGGCGGUCAGCCGACAGCUGUUGAAGGAGAAGGCAGAGUAUCACCGGAGUGUGGGCAAAAGGAAGGAAAAAAUGGCAGUGCUUGAGAUUCAGGCAAAUCAGUUAGGUCUUCAAGCUGCUCAGGAUUGUGAAAGGAUGGUCAAAGACAGAACCCUGGCCUUACAGAUGCUCAACAAGGAAAAAGACAGACUGGCGGCUCUGGAGAAGAGAUACCAGAGCCUGACAGGUGGAAAGACUUUCUCCAAGGCUCCUAACACUGCAAAGGAGGAAGUGUUGUAUAUCAGCGAACCUGAUCUUUUAGAGGAGCUCCCUACCCAACAUUCUCUGCUCCCCACAUCUUGUUGUCAAAGCACCUCCCCUCCUCCCUUAUAUUCUAACAGGCCACAGGAGGAGUACCUCAAACUCUCUGAUGUAUAUAAGAUGUAUGGAAACGGAUGUUUCUCAGCCCAGACUGCCUCCUCUGCUCCUAACGCUUUCUGUCUCCCGCUGGCUGUAACACCAGACGUACCUGGUGAGGAGUAUGUGACAGUUAGUCAAUUAAACCAGCUGUUCAGGAUGCCCACGGUUGACCCCUCCCCCACAUCUCCCGUCCAAUCAUUCCAAGCUAUUGUCGCUGACCCUGUCGUCUUCCGCCACACAUCCCAGUGUGGCUCUUCACAGCCGCUUCCCAUUGAGACCCAACCUGCAUGGAGUAAGCCUUCAAUUCCCAGGCUAGAUUCAGAACGCUGGUACCAGGAGAUCAUGGCGGCUGGGGAACCAAGCAAUACACGUCCUCCCCCCCUGCCAGCUAAAUGUCUCUCCUCACGCAAACCACUGCAGAUAUCCAAGCAAGACGGAGAAGUGGGACAGACCAAUGGCACCUUCACUCCCCCGCCUUACAGCGUGACCAGCUCAGGCAGAAAUACGCCUACCAAAAGUCUACCAGAUCUGUCUCCUGCUUAUUUUGACUCGGACUCCAAAAGACAGUUGGACCUACAAGGCAGAGGACUCUACGCAUAUGACGAUUCCAGACUCCAUCCUACAGAUCCUAAACAGAAACCUAUGAUAGAUCAUCAAGGCCACUGGGGGGCGCCAUAUGGCGCUUAUUCCCCUUUCUCAUCUUCAGGGUCCAUGGUACACCACUCGAUUCUGCACCACCAAGCACCCCCACCUGGAGAAUCCACGUAUGACACUCUGAGUCUGGAGAGCUCCGACAGCGUGGAGACCAGUGUAUCUACUGGCAACAACUCGGCUUGCUCACCUGAAAGUAACAAUGGACUGGCAGCGCUGAGGCUGGAGGAGAUGGAGAAGAUGUUGAAGGAGGCCCAGCAGGAGAAAGCCCGGCUGGUAGAGAGUCGAGAGAAGGAAGUUCAGGCACGGAAGCAGCAGCUUGAGGCCGAGAGAAAGAGGCGAGAGGAGGUGGAGAGGAGGCUGCUUGAUGAGACUGCACACAGACAGAGGCUUGUGGAGGAAGAGGUCCAGAUGAGAGAGAAACAGUGCUCACAGCUCUUCAUUCCUCAGGCUCGGCCAAUGACACGCUACCUACCUAUUCGGAAAGAAGAGUUCGACCUGCGUUCUCACGUGGAAUCAUCGGGCCACUGCGUGGACACCUGUGCAUAUGUCAUUGUCACAGAGAAAAUGUGCAAGGGCCAUCUCGUGAAGAUGGGCGGCAAGAUCAAAUCCUGGAAAAAACGUUGGUUUGUGUUUGACCGACUUAAAAGGACCUUCUCUUAUUACGUAGAUAAGCACGAGACCAAGCUAAAGGGCGUCAUCUACUUUCAAGCCAUUGAGGAGGUCUAUUACGAUCACCUGCGCAGCGCAACUAAGAGUCCAAAUCCUUCGCUAACCUUCUGUGUGAAGACUCAUGAUCGUCUCUAUUUCAUGGUGGCGCCGUCUCCAGAGGCCAUGCGGAUUUGGAUGGAUGUCAUAGUAACGGGCGCUGAGGGCUACACACAGUUUAUGACCUGAGAGCCUGCGGAAUGAAAUCCGCCUGCAAUGAGCGCAGAUCGGGCAGGACUCAUUUGACAGGACUUUUUUACUGUAGAAUUAUGUCACAUUUCAUUAGAAACUUCGACCAGCACUGACUGAACUCUGUCUUGAACUAAAAAAGAACUGGAUGCAUGUGGCCUGAUAAUAAUAUAUUAUUGUGGAACUGAUGGUCAGAGAGAGAGAGAAAACAUUCUAUAUAUUAUUGAAAUACAAAACACUUACAAAGCUCAUAGCUUACAGCAUUUCAUAUCAAUCAUAUGCUCUAUAUGCAUAUAUAUAUUUUUACAUUUCUAAUUUUGUGGUAAUUUUAAGGUUCCAAGCCUUUAGGCUUUUACAAAAAACAGUGUAUUGCCAACAUUUACUUUACUUUCCGUUUUUUAGUUGCAGAAACAGAAUGACACUGUAUUAUAAAAAUAUUUGUAUUUCACAGUAUUCAUGAUUUGUUUCAGGUAGCAUUCAUAUUUUUUUUACCAAGGUUAAUAUGUUACUGUGUUUUUUCCAUUUUUAGUAUACUCUUUUUCUGCAAAGAUUCUUAAACAAAUGGCUCAGGUUUAGACAAGUAACAAAAUAAUGGACGCCUGCUACCUGAUUUGUUACAAUAUGUAUUGGUCAGGGACCACUGCAGUUAAUGUUUUGUGUUUUUAAAAAGCAAACCCGGGUACACUCGUACUGAAAGAUUUUGUCUUGCCAAAGCCAUGUAUGUACUCUGACUUCCACAUCUUUUUAUUUCAGGGUUCUGAAAAUGUGUGGAUGUGCCACUUUGAUUUAUAGUCAGAUAUGGUGUGUUAUUCAGACUAUUGCUAUACUUCUGGAUAUCUUUUAUGUUUUUUUUUUUAAUUCAGUGCUACAUCACUAACAGUAUAUUUUUAAAUAUUAGCUUGUUACAAUUUGACAGAAACAAGUAGCAUAUAGCCUUCUCUGAGGCAAAUAAAAAAGUAAAACACAGCUUUGCUCAGAUACAAGCUUUAGUAAACGAGGUUUUAGAUGAACACAGCUGUCUGCCAAAUUAUGUUAAAGCUUAAAAGAAAUAAUGAAUUGAAAUAAAGAUGUACUUGUGUAUAAAUAGCAUAAUGCAUGGCUGUUUUGAGACAACUUUUAUAAAUGAACAGACACACAAUCACAUGGGUUCAUUGUUAAAUGCAUUUUAUUACCACACAAGAAAACGUUUUUUAUAUCACUUGUGCAAACUUUGUGUCAUUAUUAAAAAUGCAAAGA